AUGUUUUUAGCCGGCCCUCAAAGGAAGGCGGCCGCAAGCCACACAAAACGAGUUCACCCCAUGGAAAGCUUGGGAAUUGGAUCUUAUCGGCGAGUUGUUAACUCUAGAAAACGAUCGGGUGGACCAACGACCCGUCUGAGUGACAGUCAGUUGAUGGAUGGAAAUCGCGUUGCCCAAAAAAGAAAUUUUCAUCCCUCACCCUCGAAAAAAGGGCGCUCUGAUUGUGGAUUGGAGGGCCCAGCCGAAGACGCACAAGCCCAACUCACACAUAGAGCGGUAUGGUAUGUGGUGAUCGGGGGAGAAGAUGCACAAGGGGUAAAAGCUGUAAUCAAGAGCAUGGGGGAGGGGGAACGGCUCUCAGUGCCAACCGUGAGGGAAACGGAAAGCGCUCUCCGACUAUGCGGCACGACGGGGCAUCCCAUACAAGAGGCGCGCUAG